UUUUCAGGAAAAAAGGGCGAAAAGAAGAAAAGAAAUGUCGACGUCUUCCGGUGCCACUACAACAAUUCCCCAGGAGAAUGGAGCAGCGGGAAGCACGUCCAACAAUCAGGAAGAAAUCGACAUCAACUUGGAAGAUCCACAAGUUCAAGACGCUGCAAAGAAAAUUCAAAAUGUGUUCCGAGGAAAACGAUUCGGAGCCAAAGCCGCUGCGCCGGUAGUUGCUGCCGUUGAUAAGCAAUAAUUUGAUAAUCUAUUGUGAAUAACUUUAUAAUAAAAACUUUUUUAAUUCAAAAGACCAAUAAAUGUUAAUAAAGUGUACGAAUA